GUGUUGAAAGUAUAAUGUUUUUAUAGAAACAACGCAAGUACAACCCAACUAAUAAUGAAUUGAUUGGAAAGUUGCAUAACACAAAUUCGACGUACGCACGUCGUGUGUGUCGCGGUUGUCUCGUAUACGUCGCAAACGAAAUUCCCAGAAAACACCAUACACAUUCAAGUGUGAAAUAAUUGCAAAAAUACAACGUAAAAACACUAAGUGAACUCCAUAAAUUUAUAUUUUGAUGUACAUAUAUCAAGUAUGGAAAGUGGUAGCCUACGUUUGUAACGCGAGCGUUGUAUGAUGAUUCUUCAAUAACAGCGCAUUGCUGUUUUUAUGUAGAAAAUGUGUGGCAGCCGCAGCCACCUUUCCUCAUUACCUACUGCGACAGCCCCUCGACAAUACAACAAAUACUAACGCACUUGGCGCAGCCGACAAAGAAAAAACUCUCUUUGUACCGUAGUUCCUACGACAAAAAAGUUUGACUCAACGCCAGCGACAGCAGUAAAACCCGCAGAGAAGCAGCUGCCAAGCCGACAUAAAGAGAAAUCAAAUAGAGAAUCUUUGAUUGCGUCGGUAAUAUAGAGGCUUGCAUGUGGAAUUGAUUUUUAAAAAAGUUGAGCAAAACAAGUGUUGCGCGUGUUAAAAAAUCCAAACAAAUACAAAAUUGCAUCAAACGUGUGAGCUCUCUGUUGGUCAAAAUGAGUCAUUUAACAAUACCAUCCUCAAGCGCAUCAAAUACUUCGUCCGCUUCCAAUAUUAAUAGCGCAUCGAUCUCGCUUGGUGGCGGUACCGUCGCCACCGGUGGCAAUGCUAAUAAUAAUUUGCCAUUCGAGAAAGAUAAAAUCUGGUAUUUUAGUAGUGAUCAGUUGGCAAACUCUCCAAGCCGCCGUUGUGGCAUUAAAUCUGACGAAGAAUUGCACUACAGGCAACUGACUGCAUACCUGAUACAGGAAAUGGGCCAGCGGCUGCAGGUGUCCCAGUUGUGCAUCAAUACAGCAAUUGUAUACAUGCAUCGGUUUUAUGCUUUUCACUCUUUUACACAUUUUCAUCGCAUAUCGAUGGCAUCGGCUAGUCUGUUUCUGGCCGCAAAGGUCGAAGAACAGCCACGCAAGUUGGAGCAUGUUAUACGAGCCGCCAACAAGUGCCUACCACCGACGACCGAGCAAAACUAUGCGGAUCUAGCGCAGGAGCUCGUCUUCAACGAGAACGUACUGCUGCAGACGCUAGGCUUCGAUGUGGCCAUCGAUCAUCCACACACACAUGUGGUGCGCACGUGCCAGCUGGUCAAAGCAUGCAAGGAUCUGGCACAGACGUCAUACUUCUUGGCCUCUAACAGCUUACAUUUGACUUCGAUGUGCCUUCAAUAUCGGCCUACUGUUGUUGCUUGCUUCUGCAUUUAUUUGGCUUGUAAAUGGUCCCGCUGGGAAAUUCCGCAAUCGACCGAGGGUAAACAUUGGUUUUACUAUGUAGAUAAAAGCGUCUCACUGGAACUGCUGAAGCAGCUGACCGAUGAAUUCAUUUCCAUUUAUGAGAAAAGCCCUGCUCGCCUUAAGUCCAAACUUAAUUCGAUCAAGGCGAUAGCUCAAGGCGCAAGCAAUCGAACUGCAGCAAAUAGUAAAGAUAGCAAACCGAAAGAAGACUGGAAAAUGAGCGAAAUGAUGAAGGGCUAUCACUCUAAUAUCACUGCACCACCGGAGCUGAUGAACGGCAGCAGCGAUAGUCGUGAGCAGUCUGCGCAACAGGUAGCGGCAUUGCUACCACCACCGGCUAUGGUGCCCCAACAACGACGCGGAGAACAUUCACACCAGCGCACGGCAGCGAUCGGCUCAUCCGCGAGCUCGUCCUCAUCCAACCACAAUAAGAUAUCUAAUUAUCCAGGCUCAAUACCUCCUGAUGCUCAUGGUGAUCACAAGUCAAAGCAGCCAAGCUACAACAAUCGGGCGACCUCGAGUCAUCAAUCGUCAUCUUCAUUAGCCUCGGUGCAACGCAGCAGCAACAGCGGCAUGUCUUCCAAUAGCAGCAGUCAGCGAAGUUCAAGUGGUCAGCAAGCACGUCCGCCACCGCCAAUGGAUUAUCACAAGUCAUCGCGCGCGCUACCAUCCAUGGGUUUGCCGCAGCACAGCACACACAAAAUGCCUCCAAACCCAAAGCAACAGCCGUCAUUAUUGGAUAGUCGGGGUUCCUCAUCUUCAUCGUCGUCAUCGGUUAUUGGAGGUGGUAUUUCAACAAAAGAUGCAUUAAAAUCAAGUAACAGUAGUGGAGGAAAAAUAUAUCCCAACGUACCACCGUCCUACGGCAGCAGCAACAGCUCAUCGAACAAUCUUGUACAUGGUAACCAGCAACGUAGCAGUUACAUGUCGGGCAACAACAACAGUGGUACUGGUUCCACAAGUGGUGGCUAUCACACGCACCGCUCCAAAUCAUCGUCGUCUUCUUCAUCCGUCCAUAACAUACCGCUUUAUGAACAGCUAACCACUACAUUACCUUAUGGUCACAAUGGUGUUGGCAGCAACUUUAGUAGCCAUAUGCCGCCAAUACAGCUUGAUGUAGGUGCAGGCGCCUCUUCGCAGGCAGCCUCAACAUCAGUUCCCCAAACGCAGACGCAACAGCCAAUAAAAAAUAACUCUUUGUUUAGUCCCGAGUGGAGCGAUAUCAAAAAGGAAACAGCAACGCAUUAUAACGGCCUGCUACCACCUCCUCCACAUGAAAGCCUGGGAUAUAAGCUCAACCAACAUACGCGCAAGGACAGCCCAAAAAAGGAGCGCAUUUCGACAAGUGGCACACCUACUAAAAAGGAUAAACAUCGCGUUUCUGGGCCAAGCAACUUGCCUCUAACUUCUGCGUCUAGCUCAAAUGCAGCAUCCUUAACUAUGAAUAGCAUAAGUCAUGGAUUAAAGUCCAUGCUGCCGCCGAACAAGAAGCUGUCAACGGAAUUAGUGGUCGCGCCGAAUGAACUUGCUGGCACAAGUCGCGAUGGCAGCAAUAUCAGUGCGUUGAAGCGCGCCAAUGAAACAGGUAACAGUCAGUGUGGUCUAAAUAAUGAAGACAGCGUCCCGCGUGAUAAGCUUCGCAAGCUGGAUAGCAGUGGAUUGCCAGGUUAUGGAUUCAACACUGGCAAUGGUACUUUAGAACAUGAAAAACAUGCCCCGAUAUCCAUGACUAAUGGCAUUGAAACAACGCCCGACUUGGUGCGUAGUCUACUCAAAGAAAGUUUAUGUACAACUAAUACGUCGCUUCUCAAACCCGAGGCGUUAACCAUGCCAGGUCCCAAGCCGCCUGCGGAAUUGCUUGAGCCCAUGCCGCCAGGACAGCAAUUAAAAAAGGAGUCAACAAUGGUUAAUUCCUUAGGUUUAGCGAUGCCACAUUUACAACAGCUUCGCGGUGACGUGGAUACGGACACAACUAAAUUGCCUGAUAUUAAACAAGAGAGCACAACAGGUCCCAGCAGUAAAUCAGAGAAGAAAAAGAAGAAGGAGAAGCAUAAACACAAAGAAAAAGACAAGUCCAAAGAUAAGUCGGAAAAGGAAGAGCGCAAAAAACAUAAAAAGGAUAAACAACGAGAUCGCGCUAAGGAUGUUGCUGGCGUUGUAACUGCUGACUCGCUUAAACUAGUUAUCAAGACCAAUACGGUUCCCGGAAAUCCCAAUGGUCUGCUUGCUGUGCACGCCACAGCCAACGAUAGUAUAUCCGCACCAGCGGCGCCACUUAAACUUAAGAUAUCGAAGAAUAAGUUGGAGCCCAGCUAUUCGAUGGCACAGGCAACAGCACCAACAAUGGGCCCCGCAUUUGUCCUUCCAGCAACUUCGGUAGCAGCAUCUGUGGCAAGCUUUUGUGGUACUGGCAUGAACAGUGCAAUCGUCAGUAGCAAAAAAAAGGACCGCGAGCGGGAGAAGGAUAAGAAGAGUAGCAAAAAUCAAGACUAUUCGAAAUAUAAUGGAUCUACUGGCUCUUAUCCAGGCACGGGAUCAACCACCAUAACACCAAGCACUACGGGCACCUUGCCGUUGUCCACGACGACCUCAACCUUGCAACCCGGUAUUCUUAUGAACACCCUGCCGCCGACCUCUGCGCUGCCCUUAUAUACCAAGAAGUAGAUGAUGAGAAGCGUUGUUAUAGCCCUCACUCUUCAUCCAUUAAUAAAUGUAUAAAUUAGGUAAACUAUGCUAGGUAUUAUUGUUGAUGAGAUAAUAUGCAUUCGUAAUUUAAGUUAUUAUUUAAUUUUAGUUCGGCUUAAAUUGUAAGCGUAAAGCGAAAAUAAAAAUGUGAGCUUGUCAAAUGUGAAA